AUGCAGGGAGUAUUAGCGUCCGUGGCCCCCUCCACGCUCAGGUCCUAUAAGAAGGCCUGGAGUGAUUUCCUGGGUUUCAGGUUUGGGUUAUCUGGGCUGACACAUAAUGUACCUCCCACUACUGACGACGUCCUGCAGUACCUGUCCCAUCUGGACGAUCUCGGACGUGCUACGAAAACUUUAAAGAUUCACGUAGCAGCCAUCAGCUUCUUUUCGAAGGCGACUUUUGCGCAAGACCCAUGUAGCGAUUUCCUGAUCCGUAGGGCCAUUGAGGGUUGGGGCAGGUUGCAACCGCCGAGGGCUGUCGGCCGUAAGCCGAUCUCUUACGGAUUGCUAUCCCAGAUACGCGUAAAACUGAGGACAAUUUGCUGGUCCAGGUUUGAGGCACGGCUCUUCUCCGCAGCAUACGCUGUAGCCUUUUUUGGUGCGCUCAGGGUUGGUGAGGUGGUGUGUGAAAUUAGCGCGCGGGGCUUAACUCGUGGCCUCCUGUGCGAGGACGUACAGCUGUCCGAAUCCUCUGUGUCAGUACUUGUACGUCAGUCCAAGACUGAUCAGGCUGGCAAGGGUGUCCUGCUCAAGCUCUCGGCGUCGGCCCAAAAGGGCCCAUGUCCAGUAAAAGACACCAGGCGGUACCUCUGCCUCAGACCAGCUGUCCCGGGUCCAUUCCUGAUCCACGAGGAUGGGUCGCCCCUGUUGAGGUAUCAAUUCACGAGAGUAUUGCGCAAGGCUAUUGAGGCUUGUGGCCUUUCCUCCCAGGAGUACGCUGCGCAUUCGUUUAGGAUCGGUGCCGCUACUACGGCCGCGCACCUGGGGUUACCGGCGGAAAGGAUAAAAGAGCUGGGCCGGUGGAAAUCCAAUGUUUAUAAAUCAUAUAUUCGCUAG